GGUGUCACAGCCCCGCUGCCCUCACCAACGACUUGACAUUGUCCAACGUUCAAGCGAGAGGGACACUUCAUUGCAUGGUCUCUAUACUCAGCCAGAGUUACCUUUCGACUGUCACUACCACGAUUUCACCCAACAGUCGACAUUGGAGCCGAAGUGACCACGCGCGCCUAGCUCAUUGAACAGUACGACGACCCUUUUUCUUCUUCAGAAGAUAUAAAAAACGCCAGGAUGCCAUCGAUUGAUGUUGCAAUGGCUUCCAGCCUACGCCAAGGGCCAUGGGAGCGCAUCCGAGACAGCUUGGUACGCAGUCCGGCUACACACUUGGUGCAGAGAAGCAUUGUAGACGAUACAAAGAACAAAGUUACCGACAUCCAGACAGCGUUGUCCAGCUGGGACAAUUGCAUGGCGGCCGACUUUUGCAAAUGGCCCGCCAUUGCCAUCAUGGUGGUUGGAGGCCUCAUCAUUCUCGCCAUCGUCACCUGCAUCGUUCGUUGUGCGUGCUGCGCAAAGUCGUGCUGCUGCAGCUGCUUCGCUUGCUUCAAGUGCUGCGGCAACUGUUGCGGAUGCUGCGAUGCGCCAGGAGACCGGAAGCACAAGUAUCUGGAUGAGCCAUACGUCCCUCCUCAGCAAGGCUACCGGACCGAGGCUCCCAUGCACGCUUUCCCGCCCGCUACGGUUGGCGUCACGCCCCCACAGUACGCCGAGUUCGAGACCAAGAAGCAAGGCGAAGAUUCGCUGCCCCAAAUGCCCAGCUGGGAAGGCGCCAACUCCAAGAAGGUUGAGCUGGAAGAAGAGGAGCAUGAGAUGAAUGACCUCAAGAAGCCUCCCACGGAGCCCAAGAGCCCACUCGCUGGCGUCGGUGUGUCUCCGGUCCCCGGCCCCGGCCCCGGACGCAAUAGCCCAAUGCCUAGGGAGAACUUUAAUGCGCCAUAUGGGCAGGGUCAGCCUCAGUUGCCGAACAUGAUGCCUGCGCCCUCGCCAACACUACACAAAGAUCCAUACACCUCCACCAACCCCUACGACUCCCAGGACAAUGGAUUUGGGCUCGACCAGCCUUAUGAUCUUCCCCCAGCUGGCAUGGCGCCUAUGCAGAAUGGCAGGAACUCGCCUGGGCCCGGACGUCAUGGCUAUGGUCCCGGACCUGUCCACGAUCCCAGGGGCACCCCCAAUGAGAUGGGCUCUGGUUAUGCCGACAUGCCUCCAGGGCCGGGCGAAUUCGAUGAUCGGGGUGCCUUUCAGAACGGCCCUGCCCCUGGACCCAUGGGCGCUGCUGCUGCUGGCUACGGCAUGCGUCACGGUCCUGGCGCCGACCCUUAUGGCCCAGCCCCGCGAAUUGGUAGCCCUGGCCCGGCCCCGAGGAUGGGUAGCCCCGGGCCAGGACGGGGUCCUGGCAGUCCUGGCGCUGGGUACCGAGGACUCCCUGGUCCCAACCGGGCUGGGAACAACAGCCCCGCGCCGUAUGGCAUGGAUCCUCGUAUGAGGAACUCGCCUGGACCUGGACCUGGACCUGGGCCUGGGCCCGGACCCCGGGGAUCACCAAGACCUCAUGCUGACCCUUACGGUCGUCCCCCCAGACAAUCACCUGGACCCAUCAACACCAACUACGGGUCUCCUGCCCAAAGUCCUCGACGAGAGAACUUUGACCGCGCCUACUCGCCCGGUCCUGACCGUCAAUAUGCCCAGUCACCGCGCAUCAUGCAUGCGCCCUCGCCGUUGACUGCGUAUGAAGAGCCUCCCUCCUCACCUAUUGUGAACAACUCUGGGUUCGACUUUAACUCUGGAUUCUCUCGACCCCAGACUGCGGAUGGCAACCCCCAUGAGCAACGGAACAACGAGCCAGCCGAGCCGAAGCAGGAGUACCCAGGCUACAAGCCGUACCGCCCGUCGUGAGGACAUCUGGUAGUUGGCGGACGUGGGAAUGAUUUCUUCAAGGCGUUAUGGGGAACAGGUGCCGGUUUUACUUCAAGUUUUGGUAUAGACACUUUAGGAGCAUGGACAGCGUUCGUUCCGCUUCGUACACUCAUUCGAAAUCAUCUAGGGACUAUUUAGUCGUUGGCAGUGGAAGAGCCACGACUUCUUGGGAAAAUUUGUCACCAUCAUAUAUACAGCAUUUGAUACCUUGCUCGCAAUCUAUUUGUUUUAUGAUUCACCUAGCAGGCUC